AUGACACUAGGAAGAAAGAACAGGAGGGUGGAGAAGAGUGGCGACCAGAAAUCAGUUACAAUGGAACUGAUGAGGACGUUGAACGAAUUGAAGAGGCUGGUGAAUCCAGUUCUGGACAGCAGAAACCCCGAUCAUCACUACACGCUCGUCCAGUGGCCGUCGACGUGCCCAUUCUCCCACAGGAGAGAGGUGAACCUUCAGCAGCACAUCAGGAAGGAACAUCUAACAGAGGAGGACAGCAGGAGCCUGGACUCUGGAGGAGCUGAGAACUCACUGCCAUCCAGUCAAACAAUACAGAGACCUUCAAUCAAGACAACCAAGAAACUCCUGUAUAAGCAGCCCAGUGUGUUAAUGGGGCGCACCAAUGUGGUAACUGUUACCCCUUGGUUGGCACCAAUUGUCUGGGAAGGCACCUUUAAUCCCUUGAUUGUUGACAGCAUUUACAAGCCUAUGCACCUCAGCAUUGCCACAACCGUCUUUGCUGUUGGCAAGUAUGUGCGCUUCCUGCGUGACUUCCUAGAGACUGCCGAGAAGCAUUUUAUGGUGGACUUCAAAGUGCACUACUACAUCUUCACUGACCGGAGGGAAGACGUGCCAGCGGUGGUCCUCGCUCCCGGUAGAAAUGUAACCAUCAUCCCAGUCCCUGGCUCCAACCGCUGGCAGGAGAUCUCCUCCAGGAGGAUGGAGAUGAUCCAGACCACCAUCGAGAACCAGAUAGGUAAGGAGGCGGACUACAUCUUCUGCUUGGAUGUGGACACGAAGUUCCACGGACGGUGGGGGGCAGAAACAUUGAGCAGGCUGGUGGCCACUAUUCACCCAGGUUACUAUGAGCAGACCCACGAGCACUACCCUUACGAACGCCGCCCUGCCUCGCGAGCCUACAUCCCCGCGGGGGAAGGAGACUACUACUAUGGAGGCGCCACCAUCGCUGGCUAUGUUAGGGACGUGCACAAGCUGGCAAAGUACUGCCGUGAGCAGCUUGAGGCCGAUGCCGCCAACUCCAUCGAGGCGGCAUGGCAGGAGGAAAGCCACCUGAACAGAUAUCUCCUUUACAACAAGCCCACUAAGAUUCUGUCUCCGGAAUACCUGUGGCAGGACUUCAAGGCCAAGAACAACGAGGUGCAAAUAAUCCGCUUCUCUCAGGUCAACAAGAACUAUGCAGAGGUUCGGCCCAACGUGAAGAAAAGAAAGUAA